CUUUGCACAGGGUGGCAACCUUUAGGUAGCUAAGUUGGUGAUGCGCGAGAGAAAUUGACAAAAUAUCCGAAGCAAUUAGCAAUUUGAGUGCAAAACGUUUUUUAUCUACGCGAAAAGUUUAGUAAUGCUUUAAAAAUUGCUGGGCGCGUUUGUCGUUUGUAUUGUGUAGCCAAGCUGAUACGAUAGAAUGAAUGUGAUUAGACGAUGAGAGCUCGAGAGCUGCUAAUUAAAUUAUAAACAUACAGAAGCGUUAAGCGGUCGUCGAGCAGUUGACGAGCAGAGACAGAGCCAGAGUCCGAGUCCAAGCAGAGUCGAGUCAAAGCCAAACCCACGACCCAAAAACUCGCUGCUUUGCUUUGGCCCAUUUCCAUUUAUACUAAUAAGAAGGAGAAGAAGCAGCUUUCACCAAAUACAAAUCUAGUUUAACCUGGCGGUGGCCGCUGCUCCUUGCAGCAUGUAGAACAAAGUACACAAGAAAUACAUUCAAAUAUUUGUGCAAGUUGAAGCCGAAGAAACAGAAGAAGAAAGUUGAAGAAGCCCCAAAAUGUCCUUCAUAACGAACAUGAAGAAGAUCUUCCACCUGGGUGGUGGCGGGGAGGCCAAAAAGAAACGUCUCUACAACAACAUCAAAAUGGACACCGAUCCGGCGGAUUAUUGGGAAAUGGUCGGUGAAUUGGGUGAUGGCGCCUUUGGCAAGGUCUACAAAGCCCAGCACAAGGAGCAUAAACGAUUUGCGGCUGCCAAAAUGUGUACUCUUGAGGAUGAGGAGAAUCUGAGUGAUCACAUGGUCGAAAUUGAUAUACUCUCUGAGAUAAAGCACUCAAAUAUUGUUGAGCUGUAUGAGGCGUUCUCGUUAGAUGACAAACUUUGGAUGCUUAUUGAGUACUGUGACGGCGGUGCCUUGGACAGCAUCAUGGUGGAACUGGAGAAGCCACUGACAGAGCCACAAAUUGCCUAUGUGUGCAAGCACAUGACCGAGGGCCUAACAUUUCUGCACAAGAACAAGGUCAUCCAUCGGGAUCUGAAGGCGGGCAAUGUAUUGCUAACCAUGGAGGGUGGCGUCAAGCUGGCUGAUUUUGGUGUGUCAGCCAAAAAUAAACACACGAUGCAGAAGCACGACACAUUCAUUGGCACACCCUAUUGGAUGGCACCCGAACUGGUGCUGUGCGAAACGUUUCGAGAUAAUCCGUAUGAUCACAAGGUGGAUAUUUGGUCACUCGGCAUAACUCUCAUCGAGUUGGCCCAGAUGGAGCCGCCCAAUAGCGAAAUGUCGCCAAUGCGUGUCCUGCUCAAAAUCCAAAAGAGCGAACCGCCCAAACUAGAGCAGCCGAGCAGAUGGAGCAAGGAGUUUAAUGAUUUUCUUAAAAAGUCUUUAGUCAAGGAUCCACAGCAGCGUCCUUCAACGGAAAUGCUGCUGCAACAUGGUUUUAUAAACAGCAAUUUGGAUGCCAAACCCAUUAAGGAUCUGCUGCUCGAGUACAAGGCCGAGGUUGUCGAGGAGGUCGUCGAUGAUGAGGCUGAGGAACCCCGCAACUCGGCGCUCCAGCUCGACCUGGACGAUGACUCUGCUUCGCUGCAGAGCCAAGACAUUGACAAACUUCCAGGUACACCUACAUCCAUAUCGCGGGAUUCCAAAGAGCAAUCCCAUCCAAGUAGUAGUCUACCAACAGCAGCAGCAGCAGCUGCUGCAACUACAACAACAACAGCAACAGCAACUACUAAAGCAACAACACCAGACAAACCAAACCACAGCAAGGAGGACAAUGCGCCAGGAGUGGCCGAACCAACAGCGCCACAUACCAAAGUGCCCGCUCCUGCGCCGCCGUCACCACCAGCGCCACAGCAGCAACAACAACCACAACAACAACAACAGCCAACACAACCACAGCAAGUACCACAAGCAGCUGCUGUGCCGCAACCAAAGGCAACUGAAGAUGUUGCUGCAACAGAAACAAGCGAUAAGUCGGAUGCAGACAAAAAGCAGCACUUUGUCAAAAAGGAAAAGGGCAAAGCGCCUCCACCGCCUUCGGUUGUCGCUGCUGCAACCGCUGCUAUCGCAAAGCAGCCACAGGAUGUUGAGCCAGCAUCGCCCAAGAAAUUAACAGAGCCUACAGCAGCCAUUGAAGUGAGCAUUGGCCAGGACAUUGUGGAGACAAAACCACAGCCGCCAUCGCCUACAGCUUCAUCCAUUAUAUCUGUACAGUCUGUUGCAUCGAGCAGCAGCUCGAGUAGCGCAACAGGCGCUGUGUUGAGCUCGAGCACCUCGCUGAUAACCAUCAACAGCAGCGAUGCAUCUCCGAGAUUGCGUCAGCAGCAGCAGCCAUGUGCACCACCGGCACCACCAUCGUCUGCACAGCAUUUGGUGCUGCCGAAUAGUCUGGAAUCGGUUAGUCAAAUCACAGUCGUGACGAGCACGCAUCCGCCAGUGAUUAUUGACAACUCGCAGCAGUCGGCACAGAAUGAGGUCAUCAUUGUGUCAAAUGACUUGAAUAAGAGCACACAUCUGCAUGAGUCAUCCACGGACGAUGACUUCCCCUCGCUGGACGACAGUCUGGGAGAUCAAGUGAAGCAAUCAUCAAUGAUACUGACUGUAAAUGAGCGCCAAGAAGGCGCUGCAUCCGCUGCUGUCCAUGCACGCAAGCUGGACGAAAGCGAAGUAUUGAUUGUGAGUCCUUCGUAUGCGGAUGACGAUUCGGCUUAUAAUACUGCAUCUGGAAGUCACGAUCACAGCGAUCAACUGCUGCUGAUGGACACCAGCCACGUCUCUGUGGUUACAGUCGGGGAUGAGGUCAUUAAGGUGAAAGAUAGCAGCCAUCAACAGCCCAGUGGCGGCAGCAAACGACAGCAGCUUAAUGGCAUUGUGCCUGAGGAUGUCAACAUCAUUGUGAAUCGCUUCAAGCCAGGACAAGAGCAAGAGAAACGCAUCUCACCAGACAUCAGCCUUGGUUCCGGUUCAAGUGACAAUGGAUCCGUGCGGGGACGACGUGGAGUGGAAGUGCAGAUCACAGGCGGCAGCGGAGGUGGCGAUGCGGACAGCAUUGGCACCAACACUAGUCAGGACAGUCGCAACGAGGUGGAUAACAAGCAGCAGUCAAUGAUGCCCCCACCGCCUCCCUCUAUGGUCAACAACAGCAACCAUUAUCAUCAUCAUCAUAAUCAGCCGCAGGCCAUCGAUGAAGAGGAGGAGGCGGACGUGGUUGUUAUACGUCAGAAGCCGCGUGUAAAGCCAUCAGCUGUUGGUGGACUCACGAAGGAGGAGAUCGAGCUGCGCAAUUUGCGUAAGAAGACGCGUAAACGUACCCGUAAAUUUGAGAUUGAUGGGGUGCAGAUGACGACGACGACCAGUCGUGUCAUCUAUGGCGAUGAGGAGAAUGGCCGCAUCUAUGAUGAUCACGAUUUCCGCAAACAAGAGCUGCGCGAACUCAAAAUGUUGCAGAAGCAGGAGAAAAAACAACAAACUGAACUGUAUGUUAAGGAGCAGCUGGCCAAGGAGCAACAAGAUCGUCGUUUUGAGCAGGAGCGCGUCUCAUUAGAGAAAACAUAUGAGGCCGAUAUGGAUACGCUGGCUCGACAACACAAACAGUUGAUUGAGAAGACCGAGCAGACGCAGGAGAAUGAGCUGCGAAGCUCCUCGAAACGCAUACGAUCCGAGCAGGAGCAGGAGCUUAAGAUAUUCCGCGAGAAUCUUAAGCAAGAGAUUCGACUGCUCAAGCAGGAGGUUGAUUUGUUUCCCAAAGACAAGCGCAAGGAUGAGUUCAAGCAGCGACGCACCGCCAUGGAGUUGGAUCAUGAGGAGAAGGAGCGCGCCUUCCUUGAUUCGCUAAAGGAACGACAUGAGCUGCUGCUGCGUCGCCUCAGCGAGAAGCAUCGCGAUCAUUUGGCCACCAUCAAUCGCAAUUUCUUGCAGCAGAAACAGAAUGCGAUGCGUACGCGUGAGGCGUUGCUCUGGGAGCUGGAGGAGAAGCAGCUGCACGAGCGUCAUCAACUAUCGAAGCGACAUGUCAAGGAGCUGUGCUUCAUGCAGCGCCAUCAGAUGAUUAUACGCCAUGAAAAGGAGCUCGAUCAAGUCAAGCGCAUGUUACUGCGCAAGGAGGAGGAUCUGCUCAAGAAGCAGACCCUCGAGAAGCGUGCUCUUCCCAAGCGCAUUCGAGCCGAACGCAAGGCACGUGACCUCAUGUUCCGUGAAUCGUUGCGCAUAUCAACAAAUCUGGAUCCAGAAAUCGAGCGUGAUCGCUUAAAGAAGUUCCAGGAGCAGGAGAAGAAACGCUAUAUGCAGGAGGAGCGUCGCUUUGAGGUCAAGCAUCAAAAACAAUUGGAGGAACUUCGCGCCACACGUGAUAGCGCCAUAAGAGAACUGGAGCAGCUGCAGAAUGAGAAACGAAAGGCGCUUGUGGAGCAUGAGCAUGCUAAGCUCUCGGAGAUCGAUGAACGUCUCAAGGCGGAGCUGAGAGAUUGGCGCGAACAGCUUGUGCCACGCAAACAGCGACUGAAUGUCCUGAUAAGCGCUGCUAUAGAUGAGCACGAGAAGCGUCAUGGCCUGGUUGCAAAUCGCGCCGAGUUUGAGAAUCUUGAGGUGGAGCUGCCGUUGCGUCUGCGUGGCAUCUUCAAUGAACGAUCCGCGCGAUUGUUGCCACGCAAUACAUUCAUCGAUGUGCAGCAGCUGCCGCGUUCGCGUUCAUCGCUUUUAAUGCUUGGCAGUGGCAGUGGCAGUGGCAAAUCCAAUUUCCGUGGCUCGGCGCCGGAUCUGAGCCGCAGUGUGCCAAGCACUCCGAUCCUGCACAGGCAGCAGCGAGCACAGAUGAGAAGCGAUCUGGUGCUGCAGGAGGAGGAUGAUAACAGCAACGAGGAGCAAAUGAAACGUGCCAGUGUUGCCACAAUGCCAAGAGCGGGUCAACUGCGUUUAAUCACCCAAAUGCCGGCACCCAAUGAGCUGGUCAAGGUGGUAACAAGCACACCACAACUGAAUAGCGCCGAGGAGUCCAAUGCCAAGCCAGCGAUGAGUACAUUCAGGCAGAGCACACCGCCAGUUCCGAAGACGCCCGAAGAGCUUGGUCUGGUGAGCAAUCGCUUUGGGCGUUCGGAUGCCAACGACACUGUCGAGCUGCGCAUACACGAGGGUCCCGUGCUCACGGCCCACACGCAACGUCUGUUGCACUCUACAUCCUUUGCCAUAAAGCGUCCCUCGCUGGCCAGCCGCAGCAGCGGACGCUCCUCGCUGAGCAGUGCCCAGUCCAUGUACAAUAUGCAUGAGCUGAGCACCUCAACACGUUACUGCAGCGAUGCGGAAUUGAUAUUCGAUGCCGGACGCAAAGCUGCCGCUCUGCUGGACGAGGUGCAGCCACAGUUGCGCUCCACGGUGAAGCCCACACUCGUCAGUCACAACGGCAAUGGGAGUGUGACAAAUGCAUCUGCCAGCACAGAUGAUUUCUAUCAUGAUUUGUAUGCGGCCAAGUACAGGCUGCCUCGCAUUUCGCAGCGGCAACUUAGCCUGGAUGAGGAUAUAUCACCAGUCUAGAUAGAUGGACAACUAUGCUAAGCUCCAACACUUGCCACACUUCAGCAGCGAUUAACGCAUACUUAAAACUCUAUUAACUCUACGCACUCGCCUCAUUUAAGCAGCGUCUCCUAAACACUUUGACUAACACAACUAAACUGCGCUUCAUAAUUUCCCCUUUGAUUUUGGUGCAUUUCGGUGCUUAAUCACACAUAUCACAUUUCUAAUCUAAUACUUUAUACUAUCCCUACAUUUCUCUGACUAAUCGAUAUUUUCAAUUUAAUUUCAACACGUUUCGAAACGCUGUAAAUUGCCAUUACAAAUUGUUUGCCAAAGUUUUAUUACCUUUAUUCUUUUUUUUUUUGUUUAUUAAAAAAUAAAUAAAUAAAUUGUUUAAUUAUUUAUUAAUGCCAAAUGCUUAAUUGUUUUUGGUAAGCCAAACUCCGCAGCCAUCGCAUUCCAUUUAGCAGUAUUAUACAGAAAAGUACUUAGAUUUCAAAAAGUUAUUAAA